ACAUGAUGGUGUACAUGGACCAACAAUAUGGUUUGAACGGGUACUUGUAGUGGGCUUUGGUUGUUUUGAUUUGUCUCAAGGAUUUCGAGGCAGUGAAGCCAUGGAUUUCGGACUUGGCGGCGGUAUAGGGCCCAGCCCGAUGGGCAUGACCCCUGGUGGUCCUGGCGGCCCGGGCGGUGGCCCCGGGGGUCCGGGCGGAGGCGGUGGUGGUGGUGGAGGCGAUCAAGCGUAUGGCAGGCGAAAUGUUCGACUGGCACCUGAAGUGAACCGCAUCUUGUACGUCCGCAACUUGCCGUACAAAAUCAGUGCUGACGAGCUGUACGAUAUCUUUGGCAAGUAUGGUUCCAUUCGCCAGAUCCGCCGCGGCAACGGUCCAGAAACAAGAGGAACUUGCUUUGUCGUCUACGAUGAUAUCUAUGAUGCCAAGAAUGCCAUGGAUCACCUCAGUGGUUUCAACGUGGCUGGGCGGUAUUUAGUGCUCCUCUACUACAAUCCACAGAAGAUGCAGGCAAAGGUGGAUGCCAAGAGCAAGCGUGAUGAGAUCGAUAGACUCAAGAAGAAGUUCCUGUGAGCUGCUAUGGUGUACGAAGAUAUAAUUUGCUGUGCAGAGCUUGGUAGGGAAUGGCUGCUCUUGGUGGGGGUGACGGACAUGGA